AACAACAAAAUUACAAUAACAAUAAUAUUAUCAAUGACUCGAAGUUGUCACCACGGUUGUAGAUAUAUCUUAAACCGUGGUUGUCACCGAGAAGUAUCGAGCAUCAGACAUUAUAAUAUUUUAUGAUCGCGUUCAAUAAGUCGAAACGUCGAGUCCGAUCGUCAUCUCGAAUCUCGAUAGUAAUAAAUAAUAUUAUUAUCCUUAAUAAUAAAUACAGAAGAUGGAGGAAUGAGCCCUGCUGCAGUCCGAGUAGCACCUAAAGUUUCGCGAUCAUUUGCAUAGGUAGUACGUAUACAAUUUAUAUCAUCACAUACCUACGCUGUUCCGUAAGACGUGUCCAGUUCGAUAUUAUUAUUUUACGGUUCGUCGUCGGCUGAUGAUCUAUUGAAGUUCGCAAACAACAAAUUCACGGUUCACACGUGUCCGGUCUUGUUCUCGUGUACCUACCUAUUAUUUUGAUUAAAACCCGAGUGGCGCACCUCACCAACUCUUAACCGUAGCGGGUUACCCAUCUCUUGUCGAAGUCGUAAGCGAUUUAAACGUCCCGCAACAUGGAUAACAGUAGCAAGAGACCAUUAGAAGAUGGAUGUCAAUAUUCGCGCGUGAAAACAAAGAAACCUAUAGAGUCUCAGGUUACAACAACGACAUCACGUCCUGAAUCCUCAAGGGAAAUUGUUGGUUUCCAAGAUUUAUCAGAUGAUGUUAUCAUGUAUUUAUUUAAAUAUCUAUCACAUGAUAAUCUUGCUAAAAUGGCACUGAUAUGCCCUAACUUGUUAAGAGUUAGUCAUGAUUGGACUCUAUGGAAAAAACCAAGAUUCGAAAAGUUUGAAAAAGCUAUGGAAGAUGUAUAUUUGAGCUACUUAAAAGAGAAUACCACUGAAUUGUUUAUAUCGUGUAAUGAUGUUCCAAGCUCUGAUAAUUCAGUUUCUCAAAAGUUUUUAAAACAAUUAGAAACAAAAUGCCCAGAAUUACUCCAUUUAACGUUAACAAAUCAAGUUAUUGAUGCCGGUGAAAUAAGUGUAAAGAUUUUGCAUCGGAAAUUAAAAAUGCUGACAAUUGAUAAUACAACUAUUGAAAAUAUUCCAAACAGAACUUCGUAUUUAUGUGAAAUAAACAUUGCUUGCCCAAAUCUAGAGCGAAUUAUAUUGACAAACAACGAUUGGUUUUUGCCAAAUUGUUUGUAUCCAUUGUCCAGGCUGGAACAUUUACUCCACUUAAGCCUCGCAGGUUGCAAACGGUUUAAGGACUGUAUUCCAUAUGCAAGUAUUACUGCUGUAACUGGAUUCAAAUCUUUAAAGACACUUGAUUUGCGUCUUACUCCAGUAAGUGAUCGUGAACUUGUUUGCUUUCAAACAUUAACAACUUUGAAAAAUGUUCUUUUGGAAAGCCCUGAGUAUAUGAAUCACGAGAGAGAUGCAACAAUUACCGAUUUGGGUUUGGCAGGAUUCUGUACUGCUACCUUUGAAUUCCACUAUCCAUACAUACAAAUUUUGAUUGAUAUACGUGGUGGAGUGAACUUAAGAAGAGUUCAUGAAAGGAAUGAUAAUGUUGAUAGAUGCAGUAUUGAAACCUUAUAUGUCCGCAACUAUCCAAAAGUAACCGAUGAAUUUUUGAAGACUGCUGUCAGAACUGGUCCAUACCUGAAAUCGUUAGACAUUACUGGAUCAUGUUGCACUUCAGCAGAAAUUGAAUAUUAUAAAGCAAAUAGACCUGAUACAAAGGUAAUAUGCUAAUAAGACUGAAAAAUAAUAAAUAAGUUGACAUGUGGUAAUAUAUUGAUAUGUGAGGUGAAAGGAUAGUUAGACAUGUUCAAUCCUUAUAUAUUUUGUGGUAUAUAAAACUUAUAACUAUUUCUACAGUAUAUUGAUAUUAAUGAACCAGUUUAAAAUUAAAUGUAUUGGGGUUGG